GUGAUGUGACGCCAUAACGCUGCGCCGCUCGCGCUCCUGUGCGUAAACAGGCGCGGUGAAGUGGAGCUCCAUGCAGAUGCGCAGGAGGCGGAGGCGGAUCAGAUGAAGGAGUUCACCCGCAGCUGACAGCGCAUCGACGAGCUGCCGCGAGGGAACAUUUCUAUAUGAUUUAUUAAACGUGUGCAGUCUGAAAGAACUGUUGAAGAUGGAGUUCAUCAAAGAGGAGAGCGAAGACGUGAAGAUCAUAGAGAUGGUCACCAUAAAAUACGAAGAUCCUGAGGAACAAGCAGACUCAGUGGAGCCGAAAGAAGAACCUCAGGAACUGAUUGAAAUGGAAGAGAAACAUCAGUGUGAGACGCAACAAGUCUUAGCGACUGAAGAGCCACACACAGAGGCUACACAGACUUCCCCACGCACCAGCAAAUCUCCUCAGAAAAGCAAGCCUAGCAGUCUUUUCAUUUGCUGUCAGUGUGGAAAGAGCUUCACUCGAAAACAAUCCCUCGAGGGCCACAUGAAUCUCCACAACGGAGAGAAACCGUACUCGUGCCAACAGUGUGGGAAGAGCUUCAGGCAGAAGCCCAACCUAAGAGUUCACAUGAGAGUUCACACUGGGGAGAAGCCUUACACCUGCAAACAGUGCGGGAAGAGUUUCAGCCUGGUCCAAGGCUAUAAGAUCCACAUGCGAUCUCACACCGGAGAGAAGCCGUACGUCUGCCAACAGUGCGGUAAAGGUUUCAGUCAGAUAUCCUCCUUUAACUCGCACACGAGGAUUCACACCAGAGAGAAGCCGUACUCCUGCCAGCUGUGCGGGAAGGACUUCAGUAUAAAGCAGCACCUCAAUGACCACAUGAUAAUUCACUCCGCAGAGAAGGCGUUCGAAUGCCAGCAAUGCGGAAAGACUUUCUUCCUGAAAAGACACCUUAAAAAGCACAUCAGGGUGCACAGCGGAGAGAAGAACUUCACCUGUCAGCUGUGCGGAAACAGUUUCACUCAGAUGUACAGCCUUAAAAGACACAUGAGGAUUCACUCCGGAGAGAAGCCGUACUCCUGCCAGCAGUGUGGAAAGCGGUUCACGCAGAACAACAGCCUCGAUAUCCACGUCAGAACUCACACGGAGAGAUCCUUCACCUGUCAAGAGUGUGGAGAAAGUUUUAACCUAAAAAGCGACCUUAAUAACCACGUCAAGACUCACGGCGAAGAGAAGGCGUUUCCAUGCGGUCAGUGUGAAAAGAGCUUCUCGCGUAAAGACAACCUCAAUCGGCACAUGAGGGCUCAUAUAAGCGAGUGUGUAAUCAGUCUGGAAUGAGCUUCCGUCAUCAUUUAACACUGGACGGCAGACAUGCCAGCCCCUAACCUCAACCCCUUGUGACCUCACUUGUAGAAGAAGUGCAGCAAGGAGGAACUGGAGCUCAAGCUCCCUCCUGCUGGAGCUCAGCUCUGCUCAUGUGGCUCUGCAGUGAGUACCACUUGAAAAUGUACAGUCUAAUUCGGAAUAGGAAUUUCUGAGCAUUAAUCUCCUCUUACUCUUCUUGAUUGGUUAAAUAAACAACUGCUGGUGUUGA